AUGCAUACAGCAAUUGGGAGACUGGGCGGUCAGCUCAGCUUCCCAACGGCAGCGUAUGUUUCUAGGAAACUGGGCAGUCAGCUCAGCUCCCCAACAGCAGAGACCGACUCUCCAAUGGAAGUCAGCUAUGGGGCCAUGGACCCCGUCUUUGACAACAAGCUUCAGUUUCCGUCCUUUCACUGCUCAGUCCCUAGUGAGAGACAUCAGUAUGAAGCCAUCAUUGAGUUAUUAAAGCAUUUUGGCUGGAGCUAUGUUGGCUUUGUGUCUUCAUCAGAUGACAGUAGUCAGCGAGCCAGCAUGGAGCUUGAAGCUUUACUUAUUAGAAAUGGGAUAUGUGUUGAGUUUUCUGUCUCUAUAGAUGAAUCAAAAUCUAUGCAUAAAGUCAAUGUUCUAUCUUUACAUAAAAUAUACAAAUUUAGAAGUCAAGUUGUCAUAUUUUAUGGGAACUUAUUUGUCCUUAAAGUAAUUAAUUCUUUUUUAAGGAAUAUAGAAAAAGUCUGGAUUAUACCGGCUGCAAUUCAGGCUUCUUUUGAAUUUUACAGCUCCAUCUUUUUUAAUGGAUCUUUGAUAUUCCAUUUACAUAAAGGAGAGAUUCCUGGACUAAAGAAUUUCCUUCUAAACGCCAGUCCAAAAAAAUAUCCAGACAAUGUAUUUGUGAGAGAAAUUGUUGAAGAUUAUGUGGAUUGCAAUUUUGAGAAAGAUACAGGCAUGUGUGCAUACAAUAGAACGGAUAUUUUACGUUUACUAGACCCCUCUAUAUAUGAUGUAAACAGUUUCCAUCAUACGUUCAGUAUUUAUACAGUGGUCUAUGCUGUGGCUCACGCUCUACAGAACCUGUUUUUACAUAAAAAACAAAUGAUCAGGGACUCCACCUCACAGAAAGACACGUGGCAGCCGUGGGAGAUCCCUCGUUCUGUCUGCUCUGAGAGCUGCCUCCCGGGAUACAGACGGGUCCCACAGGAAGGACGACCCAAGUGCUGCUAUGACUGUGUCCCAUGUGCAGAAGGCGAGAUCACUAACGUAACUGCAGAUAUGGAGAGUUGCAUCAGAUGCCCUGAUGACCAGUGGUCUAACCCUAGAAGAGAUAAAUGUGUCCCAAGGAUCAUAGAGUUCCUCUCGUAUCAUUAUCCCCUUGGUACGGUGUGUGCUGCAUUUGCUAUUUCACUCACCGCUGUGACUGUAACCGUAUUUGUGAUAUUUAUUAGACACAAGGAAACUCCAGUCGUAAGAGCCAACAACCAGAAUCUCAGCUAUGUGCUCCUCACCACCCUCAUGAUGUCAUUUCUCUGCUCCUUCCUAUUCAUUGGACGUCCCACAAAGAUUUCCUGUCUUCUUCGACAAGCAGCUUUCGGAAAUAUUUUCACUGUUGCUGUGUCUUGUGUGUUGGCAAAAACAGUCAUUGUUGUCUUUGCCUUUAGGGCAACAAAACCUGAUGGUAGAAUGAGGAGGGGGUUUGGUAAGAAUAUCUCAAGCUCCCUGAUACUUAUCUGCUCCUUUGGGGAGGUUUUCAUAUGUGUUGUAUGGGUCAUAUACUCUGCUCCAUUUCCAGAAUUGAAUACCCAGGUAGAGAUUGCCAAGACAAUACUACAAUGUAAUGAAGGGUCUAUAACGGCAUUCUACUUUAGUAUUGGUUACAUGGGGCUGUUGGCUUUAUUUAGUUUUAUUGCAGCAUUUUUAGCCAGAAAACUGCCGGACACUUACAAUGAAGCUCAGUACAUUACCUUCAGCAUGCUGGUCUUCUGCUGUGUUUGGGUCACAUUUAUCCCAGCCUACCUCAGCACCAAAGGCAAAUACAUGGUGGCUGUAGAGAUAUUCGCUAUCCUGGCAUCUGGUGCUGGACUCCUGUGUUGUAUCUUUAUGCCCAAAUGUUAUAUUAUACUGAUGAGACCUGAUCUAAAUGUGAGGGUCAGUAUAAAGAUGGGAAAAAAAGCAAACUGGUAA